AUGGGGUGCGGCGCCAGCGCCGUCUGCUCGUCGCGCGUGUCCGCUGUGCUCGACUCCAGCCGCUGCUGCUCCUCGGAGCACUUCUUCCGGGACAGCUGCCUCACCCAGGGCGAUGAAGACGCAGCCCUUCACGAGCGGUCCGCAGCAGAGGACUGUGAUGGAGUCACUGAUGGCCUUGACACCUUCUCGGACAUGGGCAGCACUGCCCUGCUGGAGGAGUGCGAGGCGGCGCAGCGUGUGGCAGCCCUGCCGGAGGGCGAGCUGUUCCGCGACGAGGACUUCCCCGCAGAGGCGAGCAGCCUCAGCCACUCAGACCCGCAGGCGCCGCACCUCGGCGACGUCGUAUGGCUGCGGCCGCACUGUACACGACAACAGCCACGGAAGCCUGCAGACUUACUCAGGAGAUCGGUGUCUGCUUGUGUUGGAUGGCAGGAGCUGGUGGAGGAGCCCCGGCUGCUGGACGAGGGCCGCGGCGUGUCGGCGGUGCGGCAGGGCGCGCUGGGGGACUGCUGGCUGCUCAGCGCGUGCGCCGCCGUGGCCCAGCGGCCGCACCUACUCAGGAAGGUGGUGCCGGGCCGGCAGCCGCUGCGUGGCGCGGGCUACCGCGGCGCGGUGCGCGUGCGGCUGUGGCGCUUCGGGCGGUGGCGCUGCGUGCUGCUGGACGACCGGCUGCCGGCCAGGGGCGGCGCGCCGCUCUACGCCAGCUGCGCCGGCGCCGCCCUCUUCUGGGUCUGCUUCGUCGAGAAGGCGUACGCCAAGCUGCACGGCAGCUACGAGGCGCUGGCGGGCGGGCACGCGCUCGAGGCGCUCGUCGACCUGACGGGCGGCGUCGCCGAGAAGCUGCGCUCGUCGGCCGCGCUCUACCCGCUGCUGAGGGACGCCUUCGCGCGCGGGGACCUCGUCACCUGCGCCAAGAAGGGCAACUGGGCGUCCGUGUCGGCAAGUAGGCCAGCGGUGACGGAGAGCGGGCUGGCGCGCGGCCACGCCUACACCGUGCGGGAGGUGCGCCACGUGCGGCAGGCCGGCCGGCGGCCGCUGCGCAUGGUGCGCGUGCGCAACCCCUGGGCCGACCACCGCGAGUGGACCGGCGCCUGGAGCGACGGGGACGGGCGCUGGCAGCUGCUGGACGAGGAGACGCGGCGCGAGAUGGGCGCGCUGCAGCCGGCGCCGGACGGCGAGUUUUGGAUGGAGUUCUCCGACUUCCAGCGACACUUCUCCGAGAUCACCGUCGCCACGCUCGUGCCCGACCUGGACUGCGACGCCGAAGGCGCCAACGCCGCCACCAGCAACGGCAACAGUGCUGCCGACAGGAGCCGCCGCUACGUGGAGGUGUGCCACGGGGAAUGGGUGGCGGGGCGCAGUGCAGGCGGCUGCCGCAACGACAUCAGCAAGUUCACUACCAACCCGCAGUUCCUGCUCACGCUCACCACCUCCGAUCCAGCGAAGCAGUGCCCUUGGAAGCGGCUGACGGUGCUCACGACAGGGCGUGACAGCACCAUUCUCUACUGUCCUCGAAUGCACAGGUGGUGA